AAUAGUCCAUUAUUGAAUAUUAUUAUUAUUAUUAUUCGCGUUUUCUUCUGCUUCUCCAUAUUUUCUCUCUCUGAAAAUCUCUACACUCGCGAGAUUGCCGGACUUGGAAGAUCCAACAUUGUCGACUCUGUGAUUUCUGUACAAGAUUAGGUUUUCUUUUGCAUUUUAGGGCACGUUUUGGUACAUUUCUUUACUGCGAAUUCUGUUGAAAUCCGUUCGAUUUCGUUUUGUUUUCUCAUAGGUUUUCGUAAUUUAGGGUUUUUUAUUAGAUUUGGUUGGAAAAUCUUGCGUUUGGUUCAUCAGAGCUCGAAUUGGAUCGCUUUUUCUCAAUAAUUCAUUUUUGAUUGGUUGAAUUUUGAUGGUUUUUGAGUACCGUUCGAUUUGGUAAAGAGUGGUUUGGAAUUGUGAACCAGAGGAGCUGUGAUUGAUGGUUUGCGAGAUUUGGAGGGUGUUAUAGUGGGAUCACUAUAGAAUUGGAGGAUUGUUGAGGUGGUCAUUGUUUCAGUGUAUUAUUAUUUUUUUAAUUUAGUGUUUGCUUCAAAGAUCGUGGUGGAUAUAAAGGAGAGUUUGGUUGUUGAUUUUGUAGGGUUUUGUUGGGUUGUUUGAUUUGGUGGCUUUGCAUGUGUAAUUCUUAAGGGGUCCUCUGCUGUUUCGUGGAGGAUCCCGAAGGUGGCAGUUUUAGCUGUUGGUUCUGUAGUGGGUGUAUAAAGUUGAGAUACAGUGUUGUUUAGCUUCUUAUGGUGAACUAAGAAGUGGAUUUUGGAGAGCAGAUAAGUGGGAAGGCGUGGUAAAGAAAUUGUUUUCUGAGGAUUGGUUUCGGUUUUCGAAAUAAUCUUUGGGAAAAUGUUUCCUUCUGGUGCGGACACUGGGCAUGAUGCCAGUGGGGUUUCAGGAACGGUAUUGAUGCCUACAAGGUUCGUCUGGCCUUACGGGGGAAGAAGGGUGUUCGUAAGUGGAACUUUUAACAGGUGGUCAGAACCUAUAGCAAUGUCUCCAAUGGAGGGCUGCCCCACUGUAUUUCAGGUUAUAUACAGCUUAACGCCAGGAUAUCACCAGUUUAAGUUUUUGGUUGAUGGAGAAUGGCGGCAUGAUGAGCACCAACCCGUUGCAACCGGAAGUUAUGGGGUAGUCAACACCAUUUUCCUAGCCAGGGAACCUGAUAUGGUUCCUGCAAUUUUUAGUCCGGAGACACCUGGUAGAGCUAAUAUGGAUGUGGAUGGCGAUCCCUUCCUUCGUCUGGAAGCACUUCCAAGGAUAUCAGAGGCUGAUAUAGAGAUUUCUCGCAAUCGUGUAUCUGUCUUUUUGUCCAGGCAUACUGCUUAUGAGUUGCUUCCUGAGUCUGGCAAGGUCAUUGCGUUGGACGUGAAUUUACCUGUGAAGCAAGCAUUUCACAUUCUCUAUGAACAGGGAAUUCCUGUGGCUCCUCUCUGGGAUAUUUGCAAGGGUCAUUUUGUUGGAGUUCUUAGUGCGCUGGACUUCAUCUUAAUUCUAAGAGAGCUUGGGAAUCAUGGAUCAAACUUGACAGAGGAAGAGCUUGAGACACACACUAUAUUAGCUUGGAAAGAGGGAAAGAUAAAUCUCAACAGACAAAUUGAUGGCAAUGUCGGAUCGUAUCCUAGACAUCUUAUACAAGGUGGGCCUUAUGAUUCUUUAAAGGAUGUUGCCAUAAAGAUUUUGCAAAACAAGGUGGCUACAGUUCCCAUUAUCCAUUCUUCUUCACAGGAUGGUUCAUAUCCACAGCUUUUACAUCUGGCUUCACUCUCUGGAAUCCUUAAAUGUAUAUGCAGGCAUUUUAGACAUUCUCCUAGCUCUUUGCCCAUUCUUCAACAGCCAAUCUGUUCACUUCCUUUAGGUACUUGGGUUCCUAGAAUUGGUGAAUCAAAUGGACAGGCAUUUGCAAUGUUGAGAUCAAAUGCCUCUCUUAGUGCUGCCCUAUCCUUAUUAGUUCAAGCUGAAGUUAGUUCAAUACCAAUUGUGGAUGAAAAUGACUCAUUGUUGGAUAUAUAUUGUAGAAGUGAUAUCACUGCUUUGGCAAAAGACAGAGCCUAUGCACAGAUUCGCCUUGAGGAAAUGAGUAUUCAGCAGGCCUUACAGUUGGGACAAGAUGCAAGUUCUCCUUAUGGUUUUUUCAAUGGACAGAGAUGUCAAAUGUGUUUGCGAUCUGAUCCUUUGCACAAGGUGAUGGAACGGCUAGCAAAUCCUGGGGUUAGGAGACUUGUAAUUGUGGAGGCUGGCAGCAAGCGUGUAGAAGGCAUUAUUUCAUUAAGUGAUGUGUUCAGAUUCUUGCUUGGUUAGCUGGAACUGCUGUUCACUUUUUCACAUGAAUUGGGUUCUCAUUAUGGCAAUGGAAAAGAUCCACGUGUUCGUCGACGUUCAUGUUCUCUCUGCUAUGCCUUUCCCCUUCUUGUAAGGUGAAUGUUCUCAAAAUGUCUUCCUGAUCCUUUGGUGAGAUGAGCUCUUUCUUCUGAGCCCCACCUAUUUUUAGGAUACAAGUUUAGAAGGAUGAAAAAGAAAAAUGUAAAUUGAGAGGUUUCAGCUUUCCCCCAUCUUGUCCUUAUAACCCCAUUUAUUAUCAACUCAAGUCAUGCUGCUGGUACAGCUGCCAUGUUUGUUUCUUACUGUUUACAGAAAAGCAGCAAGGAGUUGGGGAUAUUGUUUGUUGAUUGGCUGUCUUAGAAGACGGGUCGAUAAUUCAUCUUAAGUUACUUAUUGUCACUUAAUUUUAUUUUUUUUUCGUUUUUUUAA